AGGAGGAAUCCGAUAAAUUUCAGAAUGAACACUGCUACUCCUCUUGUCUCCUGCACAAAAUUUUUAUUUUGUGUUCAUUUAUAUACACAAGAAAAGUAUAUUGGUUCUUUAACUCAAGUAUGUUUAAAGGUAUAUGUGUGGGCGGACUGUGGUCGUGCGGCGGGGUGAGGGAGGACUCACAAAGGCCAGACGCCAUCAUCCAGCUACGGAGGGAUGUCGCCGCUACCCUCGUUAGGCUCGCCAUAGAUUUACGAGCUGGCCACACAAUGUCAGUAGCAUCAGAGUUGGAGGCUACGGCAGCAUUACUGGACGCUCGUCAUAGCUCGAAAGUGAGAGGUCCUCCUCCCCCCAGGCCAGGUUUUACCCCUGCGCCUCUUGGUAUAUUCUCCUCCAACUCAACUCCUCUAAAUACUGUCAUUGGGAAUGAAGAAAUUGAAAGUGGGAAGAGGCCAGUGUAUGCAAUGCAUGCCAGACUUACAGAUGGUUUUGAAAAAUUUUAUAACCACAGUUUGAGAAAAUUUGGAUUAAUUGAUAAAUCAAACAAAACUGCAUAUCUAUCAAAAAAUACAAGAAAUUUAAUAAAAAAUAGUACGUAUUUGAGAAGAAUAAACAGAAAAAAAUCUGAAAAAGCAGAGAGUCACAAAACAACACGCCCUCCAGAGAAACAAGAACAAUACGGCAGCAAAUAUCCAUAUUACAAUGGUGAAGAAGACCCUCGGCAAUCCUCCAAGUUAGACUAUUCUGAAUCUAUCAAAUCUGUUUACCCAGUAUACCCGAGUGACGUGAUCAACAGCUUCCUGCCUGGCAUAGCUCAGCUGGAUGACUUGGGUGAUGAUCCCCUCCCACCCCUCUCAACCCAGGUCACAGUCCUACUGGAUGGAUGCAGUUCAUCACCUCCUUAUAUUGUGAGUGUGGUGCGUCAAGCCAGGGCAUUGUGGAGGAAUGUAGGCAUCAUUGUGGGCGUAGAUGACGAGAAGCGUGCAGAAGUGGACGAUAUAAGUCAUUUGGCUGAUGUGACAUUUGUUACGGUACGGUGUGAGAAGUGGCGGCGUAGUAACCUCCACAGCUUGAUAGCAUCUGUUACCACACCCUAUGUUCUUGUUCUGGAUGGUGUCAUAGCCAUCACAGAUGACCUUGAUCUCAAUCGGUUGCUCUCUGUUGCUCUGGGACUCCGAUCUCUUGGUGUAGGUAUCGUGAGUGGUGCAGAACGUGGGCGAGAUGGAUCAUGGGACUAUAUGUGCACGCGUCUAACAAUGAGCAAUUCACGUCUCACACUCAGGGAUGGUUAUGAAUAUUCCCGGGCUGCCUGUAUCUUCUGUGAUGUCGCUGCCUCCUCUUUCUUAGCAGCAACCAGGAUCAUUCGUGAUGUGCCCUAUGACCAAAAUAUGCCUCACAAAUCACUAGCCAUAGACUGGAGUUUGAGAGUACAGAGACAGGGGUACUUGACCAUGACUUGCCCAGAUGUAAUGUUCCAUGUGCAGAGAAUUGUCAAACCCAAGGAACAGCAUAGGGAGCCUGACAGAAGCUGUGUGACAAAAGAAGAAAGGAAGCAAGCAAGAGCACAGCUGUGGGCCAUCAAGAGACAGUACAGGAAGCUGGCACAGAAAUGGGAGCUUAACUACAUCACCUUUAGCAAUGGUACAAGCUUUGAGUACAACUGCCGUGAAGUACAUUACGAUUGUAGUGCUUCUUAUAAAGUGAGAUAUUACAUCCUGCCGCCUUGUUGUUUAAAAAUAAAAAAUAAAAUGUUAAACACCGUUAACAUAAUUGCAAAAGAGAACCACGUCCCAUAUGAAAUUAGCUCUGGUACUCUUUUAGGUGCCGUGAAGUUUAAAGACGGCCUACCGUGGGACUUUGACGAUGAUGCAUAUUAUAGAAAUUCGGAUGUUGAAGUGUUUAUUAGAAAUAAACAACGAAUGAGACGACUUGGUCUCUCGCCAUAUCUUAGUGAUCAACCCAAUAAAAAUAAUAAGUCUGUUAUAAGUAAAUAUAUCUAUGCAACUAGUCAGGGAGGGUUUGCAUUAGACUUGUGGGGCAGGAAUUCAAUGCCUUCACUGGGAACACUGGAAGCUCUUGGGAAAUACCCAGAUAAUCUGGUUUGUCUUCAGCAUGGCCACAUUGCAACAUCUAUUAAAGUUGCAAAAUCAAUCCAGAAGAAUUUAACAUUGAACAGGAGUGGAAAGAAAAUGCCUCCAUCUUGCUACCUCAGCUCUUUCUUGCGUGUAGGGACCAACUGGUUACCUGGCCCGUGGAACCCUGGGAAGAAGGCUUUAGCCCACUAUGGUGACAACAUGUACCGUCAUGAGGCUCACUGGCGGUGGAAUGAUGUGGAAAACCCAGGGUGGAAGCCAUGUCCCCGCCCAGGCCACCAUACUUGCCUCGACUUGCACCCAUUGGAUGGCUCCUUGCCCUUCCUUUGAGCACAUUUAAUAGUUAAAAGUAAAUCUCACCAUCAGUAUUUUAGAGGCAGGACUUGCCUGAAGAAAUAGGGACCAGGUUGUUUUAAUUUUCAAUAUACAGUACAGUACAGUACAGUACAGUACAGUACAGUACAGUACAGUACAGUACUAGCUGUGCAGCAUGAAGACCUCUAUUAUUUGCACUUUACCUAACAAUAAAUAGAAGAUAUAUCACUGGCACUACUGUAUAUGGCUGUUUUGCCAUAACUUUUUAUUAUUAUUAUUAUUCUAUGUUUGAUGAUACAUUGUGAGGUUGGUUAUGGAACUAUUAGUGGUUAACAUCACUUUCGCAACGAACACACUAACUAGCUAACAGGUCAGAUUUUUUUUAUGUAUUACAGUACUGGCAUGAGCUGUUGAAUAUACCUGAAUUUUUGCCAGUGUUGAUAAAGUAUGCACUUAAAGAUAGAGAACAUUUGUUGAUGUUGCAACAUAAUCUGGCAGCAUGUUAUUCAAGAGUUCACAACAGGAUAUUCCAAGAGUUCACAACAGGAUAUUCCAAGAGUUCACAACAGGUUAUUCCAAGAGUUCACAACAGAGUUCACAACAGGUUAUUCCAAGAGUUCACAACUCUUGCUUCAAUGAUAGUCUGUGUAGCGAUAGUUACGAGUGGGAUGGUCGUCAACUAACCCCCCGAUCCAUACAUUCGAGUGAGUACCUCAGCACUUUUUAGGGUCUAUACUUAUAUUAACUCAUCCCUUGCCCUUCUCUAGUAUAAACUAAGCAAUUGUAAAUAAUUUUGUUUCUCGUGUUAAGAAAGGUGUCCAAGUGUUAGCACCAGCUUGGUAGCCAUCCUUUGUGUGUUCGUAGUAAUGUGUUUGGCUUAUCACGGAGACCAGGUAGAGUUGUAGUUCUCCAAGUGAGGCAACUCAGCACUCUUGAAAAUUCUAAGAGAUGAACCAUAUAAUGCAGUAGUUUUAUUUUCAAAGUUUACUUUGUUGUAUUUAAACUUAUUUAAUUAUAGAAAAGGUCAAAUCGAACUUUCUCUCCAUCCAACGGUUCUUAACUUCUGACUUGGUUAAGCUUGGAUAGGAUUAUUUCCUUGUGUCUGAUUAAAACUUAAUUUAAAAAUUUCCUGAAGUUAAGAUUAUUAAUUCCAGUUGUAUUAGAAAUUUGUAGUUUUCCAUUCUUCAUAUUGAAUUGGUGUUCCUUAUGACGCGUUUAUAUGUUAAUGGUUCCAUCACCAACCUCACUGUGAUAGAGAAUCAUCACACUGACUAAUCUAAAGAUGAUUUCUUUUAAAAUUAUAAAAGUUGAAAGAAUUCUUACAAAUUAGCCACAGUUUUAUGGAUGAUGUUCCAAAUCUAUUUCCUUCUUUUUGUGUCAGCCAAAUAAGCCAGUGAAUAUUAAUGAAUAUCUUACUCUUAGUUCUUCGCUGAUAUGAGAUAAAUUAGUUAUGUCGCCCGUGCGAUCACGGUACAGUAUGAACGUCACUCGUAUACAGUACAGUAUGUGAGAUAUCAAUACUGCAGUAUAUCUUGGCUGAAUUUUUUAUAGAUAUAUAUAUUUUUUUUUUAAUGAACUUCACAUAUUUCUUUUACACAAAGGUCCUGAUAUCUCUUUGAGAUAAAUAAUGACCAGAGGCUACCACAUCAAGUGCCCAAUUCUAGGCCACUGUGUAAUACUGUAGUAAAAGACUUGAGGUGCUUCCCAGCUUGCAAUGCCCAUAAUAUAAUCCAAGCACCUUUUAUAUUUUUCCAGUCAAAUUAAUCCUUUAUUACGUGGCCCAUUUAGAGGAAAACUUUUAUGUUGAGAGCAAUUAUCACGUUCAUAUUAAGGUCAAGGUAGUCAUUAUUGAAGUGUAUUAAGUGGAGUUAAUGACUUUCCCCAUAGCAAGUAGGUUGGAUAUAUACUUCUUUACCUGAUUUCUUUUUAUGGCACCAGUACUGUACUUAUCUUGUUGGUAAUGCAGCACAAGUCCUGUAUUAGAUACUUCAGCUGUCUUCCUGGUAAAAUUGUUUCUCCAACUAAGUUACAGAGUAAAUAAAUUUUUGAAAUUAGAAAUUAAAUACAGAUUUAAGUCUGAGAGGAAUUUAAGUGGGAUAGGGUAGAAUGCAGAUUAAUUUGACUUUAUCCUUUUCGCCACUGAUUGGACCGGCUAGCCGCUUCAGUGGUCAGUCACGUCUCUGCUAUGUACUGUUGAAUGAGCUAACAGUCGGUGCUGUCGCUACAUUCUCUGAGAGGUUGUUCCAAGAAUUCACAACUCUCACUCCAAAAAGUUUGCACUUAUAAUUUUCUAAACUUGUGGCUUCUUCAACCUGAGUCUGUGACCUCUAGUGGGCGGGCAUCCUUCAGUUCUGGGUAUGAACACUCGAAUGAGUAAUAUUCUAUCGGGUGCUUAUAGGCUUCUAUAAGUCACCCUUUGCUGGGCAACUGCAGGCGUUCUAAUCUCUCUGGGUACCUGAGGUGCCGGAGUACAGGCACUAGUCCGGUGGCCCUCGUUUGGAUGCUUUCCAUCAACUGACAGUCCCUAGCAUACCUCGGGGACCAAGGUAUGUGAAAGUCUUUCAUAUCCUUAUGGUGGAUUUUUUAUAAGAGAAAAUUAAUAAGUCGGUCUGAAUAGAAGUAAAAGACUAACACCACAUAAGUGAUGGUAGUCAAGUGCAGUACCUUCCACGCUACCUUCUUGUGUACUGAAAAGAGGCUUUAGUCUUCAAUGUAUUGUUCCACACUGCUAAUGAGCCAACAGGCCUAUGGGAACUACUUUCAUUUUGUCUAAUGAAGAUAAGUGUUGGUUUAAAAUCUCAUCAAAACAUUUUCAGGUUUAGACCAUGACCUUCAGGUGACUGGCAAGUGGUGACGAUGAUUAAAUAAUAUCCAUUUGAAUUUGAUGUUCUUGAUUUUCUGGUAAUAUUCACGGGAAAUUUCAUGAGAAGGUUUCCACUGAAUCAUGCACAAUUGCUUAACAAGGGUGUGGUUUUUUAUCUUCCAGUGACCCUUGCGUAUGACAAAGACUUUAAUUAGUGUUGUACACUUGACCUGGGGAUAAAACAUACACAGGUGAAUGUUCAUUAUAUCUGCAUUGAUACAAUAUAUAUAUAUAUAUAUAUAUAUAUAUAUAUAUAUAUAUAUAUAUAUAUAUAUAUAUAUAUAUAUAUAUAUAUAUAUAUAUAUAUAUAUAUAGUAAUCAUCUGACAAAAUUAUGACCUUUAGCCAUUAUCAUUUACAUUGAGCUUCAGCAGAUAAUGUUUGAUUUUUUUUACUCUGUUCAUUAUUAAAAUAUCUGUACUGAUGCAUUUUGUCCUCUAAAGUAUCAAAAUUUUACCUUCAGGUUGACUUCAAUAUGUUCAUCUACACAGGACAGAUACUGUAGACUGUCUUCCAAGUUAAAGCUAAUCCAGUUGGAACAGUAAGACUUGUAACCAUAACAAUGUUUUAGGUAUAUGCCGAUGGACAAACAAAUAGUAAUAACACUUUGUACAUGAUCUCUUUUGCCGAUGCCUAAAAAGUGAGGAGAGUAAUACAAAUAAAUCCAAACACCUAAAAAGCAUUUAACAAGAACAUUGCCUCACAGAAGAUAAAAUGGCAUAUAUUGAGUUAAGUAAUCCUAAAUUUGCUCCAUAUCUAGGUACAGGUACAGGUAAAGAAAAUCAAGAGGUUAAAAUUGUUUGGCAAACAAAAAAACUUUAUGCAAUAUAGACCCGGAGAUUUAAGUGGCUAUUUCACAGCUUUGGCAAAGAGAAGAUCUUCCACGGGACAAGUAGAUAAAAUCCUAUAAGGUGAGCUCAACAGCAGACAAAUCACCAAAAUGAUUUAUAAACAGAUUUUCACUUAUGCCACUAAAAUACAGAAGUUGGUCUGUGUACUUGAAUGAUAGUUUAUAGCAGUAUAGAGGAUCCUGCAAAUCCACUUGUUCAAUAUUAACCAAGUUUCUCUCAUAGCUUGUGAGAUUAAGUAAAUUGGAACACUGAUAUUGUCGAGGUUUAAACUAUUUAGUAGCAAGAUACAAUACUGUCUUGACUAUUUAGUAUAAUAUACUGUAAGUUGAGGAUACUUUUUUCAAAAUUUUGAUAACCGAAAACGCCCAAAACUAUGAGAAUGAAGACAUACAGUUCUGGCUUUCUUUGAUGAAAGAGUAAAGAAACUCUUCUUUAUGUAUAUUAUUUAGGAUUAUAAAAAGCUGUAGGUGCAAGCAAUGUAUACGGUACACGGUAGGUUCAACAUACAACCAUACAUUUUCACUGCUAUGCUCUAUUGUACUCGUACAGUCACAACUUUAACAAACACCUUAUUAAACCGGCCCGUUGCCGUAGGAAACGAGUUUAUAUUGGUAAGGCUUAGUAAAGUUGACAAAUUAACAUGGCGUAUUCUCUCUUUAUUUCACAUUUACCACAAACGGUAUUCACAGUAGAAAACGAAUACUGUAUUGUGAGAAUUGUAAAGGCAUUUUAUAUGGUAUAAACGUCAAACGUAGGGACCUCACCCAUGCUUCACUGUCACCACAACGCACACUUUUUGUCAUUACUUCACUAUUUUUAUACUUUUUUGCCAUUUUAUAAAGGAGUGCUAACUAUGUAAUAAAUGCACAAUAUCAGAAAUGACCACAGCUUUAUAUAGGCAAUUUGAAAGCAAUUAUAUGUGGAAGAACAAUAGCACUACCACCGUGAAGCGUGCCAAUAAAAAGCUGGAGCGAAAACUCCAGUUUCGCUCUUUUCACUCCGUGCUCCACUUGUUUAGUAAAUAAUAUCACACCAUAGGCUAUAGUACCAUUAUUAUUAACCAAUUGGGAUCUAGAAGCUUAUUUUAUCAAGACAACAAGUCGGUACUUUCCCGGAAAAAAAAUACCGACUCCAUGAGUAGGAGAAUUGAACUGAUCUGUUCUCCAAUAUGAUUCUGGCGUAGAGUUUAAGCUCAGUUGAACAUAAUACUUUUUCAGUUGCACAACAGCUUCUCUUAAGACUUGAUCAUGUUAUUUCCUGAAAGUUUAUGGCAUUCCCAAAUAAAUUGGUUAAGUUAUUAGUCAGGCUCAAGCUUGAGAGGCUUAACCACUUCCUACGGCCCUGUUAAAACAUGUGGCAGUUGCAUUCAGUGGUAAUAACAGUGAUGCGGAACCAUAACUAAUCAGCUCCAGGUUCGCGUUCGGUUCAAUCUUUAUGAAAUCGGUUUCGGAUCCGGUUCCUAAAUAAGAGUAAAACUCCGCAAGGAAUAUACAUUAGGAUUUUUUUAUUAAUUAUUUAUUUCUUAAAUAUAACUUAACAUUAUACAUUUAUUAAAUUGAUUAGUUCCUUUCAUUGUGUUUACUUAUUUAAUUUAUUUGUUUAACAUGCACCUUACAACUUCUUGACCCAGCUCUGAUAAACUUAAAGAAAAUCUAUUGAAAAAAAUAUUAUUUUAAUAUUUUCUCCACUCUUUAUACAACAAUUAUUGUGCAUAUUAUUUCUAACAUUGUUCAGAUAACUUAUUGACGUACACUUAAGACAAACUUAAAAAUAAAUAUUUUGAAAAGAACACUUAUUAAUUUUUUACAUAAAUUAAAAUGCUUAUAUUGUACAUUCAAACGUUAAUAUGUCUCACACAGUUCCAUACACAUAAUCUGCAUACUGUAGAUACAUUUUUCACUGAACAAUGUAAUUCAAAAAGCCAUUUAGGCGUAGGAAUAGGAUUGAUUCCAACCGGUCUUCAUGUUUGACCGCCUUUCUCGGUGAAUUAACUUCAGGACUGAAAAAAGCCGUUCAACAAAUAUUUGAGUACAGUGCAAUGCUGACACGUUGUAUGCAACUUCUUGAAUAAUGGCUCUCAACUGUCACUGUCAGCUGGUGAACCACAUGCAGUCUGGGAGAGAGUAUUUUUUUCUGGGGUUUUAUUUAACACUGACAGAAGCCUCAUUUUCGCUCUUACACCGUAAACCCAGCCAGAGCCAGGAACCCGUGGGUUUUUCGGCGGUUCCUGUUCUGGGUUCAUUUCCUCUAAAAUAUGCUGGUUUCUGUGGUUCCGGGUUCGGUUCCACAUCACUGGGCAAUAGUACAGUACUGUAUAGAUAAAUGAAAUUUGAAUAUAGAAGAGUAGCCAGUCAACUAAAAUGUGUUCAACCUGUAACUCACAAACUUUUAUGUUAAUACUCACCACUGCUAAGUUUUGGGCUAAAAUUUCCCCCCCCCCCCCAAAAAAAAAGCUUUCUGUAAAGAUGUCCUAAAGUAUAAUUAUAAAUACAACAAAACCAGCAACAACUGUAUAUGUCGAAAUGCAGUGGUGUUACUGGGCCAUUGCCCAAAUUUACUACAGUGGAUCAUACAAAAAAUUACCCAUAUCUGAAGCAUUAUAAAAUACCUAAUCAAAGUCAUGUAUUUGUAAAAACAUCUUGAAUGCAAGAGGCAGGAAGUGUUGAUGUAAGAAAAAACAUUACAUCAUGGCUAGACCUGGGCAUUCAAAAACCGAAAUGCAAUUGGCCCCAACAUUUUGGCAUAAAGGGUCCUUGAUUUGUAAAUGCAAAGCUACUCCUUGCGCACUGGACAAAGGCUAAAUCUAAGAUACCAUUACUACUUAAUGUCUGUUUCAAAACUAAGUGAGUUUUAAAGUUCAUCGUUUCCCGGAAGUUAAACAAAUACAUGGUUCAUUUUGGUAAAGCAACACUAAUUUUAACCUGUGUAAACCUAUAGUUCAUUAUACAUGGAAUACAUUCCUCGACAACAACAUAUUGUAGGAAGCGUGGUAAAUGACUAAACAACACUUCUUUAUUGGUUUUUCUUUAAUAUUUAUCAAAUGUAUCCGAGAAUAAGGAAUUUAUUACUUUACAAAAGCUUUAACAAGAUAUUCAUGUGGCAAAUCCUGAAGUGUAGCACUGGCCACCUACGCCAUGAUCUAUUAGGUAUUAGCAAGAUUCAACUUUUCAUAAUGAUCUAAGAAUUUUAGUUCAUUGCCAUGUUACAGAGCUCUGAGUUUGACUGGUCCUCAGCCCUUCUUUUCUGCUCUCUUGAGUUAUAAAACUUUGGUUUGUUUGUGAACAUCACUGAUUUUCCCAUCAUUUGUGGUGACCCAUUCCUUAAACUUCUCAUAUCUUCUUAAUUAAGGACCUCUUGGUUCAUAUAUAAUGAUUUCCUAGUACUGUAGUUCUUAAAUUUACAAGAUUACAUCAUCUUCAUCAUCAUCUUGGAUAUAUAUUUUGCCAUUAAUAUUUAACUUUGGAAUUUCUGAAUUUCCAGGGAGAAUCCUUAUAUUUAUUCUCCAACAAGUUUGACCAGUCGUUGCCCUUUCCUCCCUCCCUCAUGUAACGUUUGACCCCUGGUCCGCUUUUAUCAUGUACCAAAUAUUGUAAAAUUUGUAGCACCUUCACAUGAUGACUUUGUGCCAAUGGGGGUAAAUGUUUCUUUUCAUAUUGGUGAACCUAAAGAUUAGUUGACUCUCAAAACAACCAUUGGCCCGGGAAUUAUAAUCAUAGCUUUGACGCAGGUGUGGCAGGUGAGAAACAGCUCUGCAGUAAUAUUACUGAUUUAUUGAGGCAGUGUAAGCUGCCACUAGACAAUCCAGGGGGCAAAGUCUCACAGGCCACUUUUGCUAUAAAUUGAGAUUUGUGAAAUUUUUUCUUUAAUCUGUUAAUCAUACAAUAUCAAAAUGUCUGAGUUUACGUCUGUAAUCAGUUGGGCGAUAUGGAGUUUGGCACAGUUGCUGUGGUAUAUUUUCAUGUAAAGUUUGUUUGUGAAACAAAGUAUCAAUAUGUUGUUUGAUAUAAGAAUCCUUGAUCACAUUGAAACUUGGCCAGAUUGUAUGCUGGGGUAGGCCUUGUUGGAGUUUGAUUGUGAAAUACUAGUCCAAGUGAUAAAACACCCAAACAAUGUUUUAAGCUUACAAGAAAUACUUGGCAUUUGCCUUCCACUUGUAAUUAUUUACUAUCAAAAUAAGGUAAUAAAUUUUGUAUUUUUUAGUCUUCAUCAUAAUCAAGUAUUAUAUUGUGUUUAUAGGUUACGAACAAAACCCAUUAUCUAAAAGAGAAUGAAUCAUAAUUUAUUUUUGCUCAAUUUGCUGAAAGUUUUGGAGAGACUGAAUGCUGUCUUUCACAGAUAUCAUCUAGUUGCCUUGUUUUGGGUUGCCUUGUCCUUCAGUGAACUUUGACUCUGCUUGUGUAGUCCUCGCAUGGCUCUGCUUGUGUAGUCCUCGCAUAGUGUAGAAUCAUGGUACAUACACCUUAACUAGUUUCCGUGCCAUCGGGAUCCCUACAUUAUGUAUUUGGGUCGUUAUCUUGUUAUCCUUGGACGCUAGAUAUCUUUUAUUCUCUUCUCGUAUCAUCUUGAUAUUUGUCAGUCUACUAGUUGGUCCCUCACUUCUUACAUGUCAGCAGUUUAUAAGUACCUUAUCCUUGGGUGACCUAGAUACAGGUCACAUUAUCCUUGGGUGACCUAGAUACAGGUCACCUUAUCCUUGGGUGACCUAGAUACAGGUCACCUUAUCCUUGGGUGACCUAGAUACAGGUCACCUUAUCCUUGGGUGACCUAGAUACAGGUCACCUUGGCCUUGGAUGACCUAGAUACAGGUCACCUUGGCCUUGGAUGACCUAGAUACAGGUCACCUUGUCCUUGGGUAACCUAGAUACAGGUCACUUUGGCCUUGGGUGACCUAGAUACAGGUCACCUUGUCCUUGGGUGACCUAGAUACAGGUCACCUUGUCCUUGGGUGACCUAGAUACAGGUCACCUUGUUCUUGGAUGACCUAGAUACAGGUCACCUUGAUCUGGAUGACCUAGUCAUAGGCUACCUUGUUCCUGGAUGGCUUGGUUAUAGAUUACCUUGUUCCUGGAUGACCUAGUUGUAAGCUACCUUGUUCCUGGAUGACCUAGUUACAGAUUACCUUGUUCCUGGUUGACCUAGAUACAGAUUACCUUGUUCCUGGAUGACCUAGAUACAGGUUACAGAGUGAUGCAGGAUCUGGUUGCCUUAUUAUCGAUGAUGUAGAUUCUGGUUCGUGUAAUCCUGAAAUACGAGACGUGACCUGUAGUCCAUUUACCUUCCAUCAAGAGAUACUUAAUCCACCUAUGAAAGUGAUUUGGACUAAAGGAAAUUCCAUGUCUAAUUGGUGAGAUUAUUACUAUGUAAUGUUUAAUGACGGGGUAUGUAUGAUAUAUAUAUAUAUAUAUAUAUAUAUAUAUAUAUAUAUAUAUAUAUAUAUAUAUAUAUAUAUAUAUAUAUAUAUAUAUAUAUAUAUAGUAAUCAUUCAUCACUCCUGAUAUACAAUAUAUUCUAAACUAUAUUUACUCCUAUAUAGUUAAACUAUAUCAAAUUAUUAUGCCAAAAUAUACUCAUUAUAACUUAUAUCUCACACUAUGUGGGAGGUAGAUGUUAAGGACCAAUCACACUGGUACUAGCAUUUAAGAUAUUUUUUCACCGUGUUAUGGUUGUGGGUGUACAGUGCAGUGCGGUAUUUGGUAACUGGUGUAGGGAAGAGAAUGUUUCAUCAGUUGACAGUUUACCAAGAGCCAACAGUCCGUCAAACAUGCCUCUUGGUGUUGUUUACGUGACAAGUAUCUGAAUUUUUAUGACCCUUUGCCAGUUAAACUGUAGUUAUAUAAACAUUUCAUAAGCUUAAGUAUUGAUAUAAUCACAACUUUUAAUACAGUAUAUAACUGAGGCACCUAUUUAAUAAUUCAUUAACUUUAAUAUUUAAACAAAGAAUUCCAAUAAGUGUUACUAUAUCAUUUCCAACAUCUUGCUCCAACAGUUAAUAGUUCAAGAUAAAUUUUUACAUUUGUGACAAUAUUCAUGGUUAGAAGAUUCAAAUCCAGUAUUGUAUUGUACAAUACUGUAUAGAGUUUUCCUUUCACAGAGAUAUGACUAUUUUUGGCUUUUAAAGUUGAAAAUUAUUGUUUACAGAAAGCGAUUAAAGUUAUGGUUUUUUAUUUUUCUAAUGUUAAAAAUUAAGCUAAUAUCUGACUGACUAGUUUAAUAUGCAGAACAAAGCACUUAUUAUUGCUUAGGUAAAAACUACAUUAGACUUAGAAUGGACAACAGGUUUGUAAUUUGUCAAAUUAGGUCAGUGAUAAUGUAGAUUAUAUACUGUAUACCUGUUCUUGAAGAAGGUCAUUUGAUAAUUUUAAUUCCAUACUCAGUAGUAGUUAAUACUAAAAACUAUUCCACAAUAUUACUUGUGGAUGACAUAAAUGUAGGUGUUCAGUAAACAUGUGCAAUAGUGAGAUAUGCAUUGAAACAUUGGUGUGUAACAAUCUCGAAGUGCAACACAUUACUCAAAAUGUAACAUGCCACAUGUAACACCUACAAUUAAAAGUCCACCAUAGUAUAUCAUAAAGUAAGUAUUGUAAAAUGUUGGACAACAUCCGUGGGAGGUGUCUAAGUACAUUUAGUCUGAAAGGGAAUGGAAGUUGUUAGAAUAAUAUUUUGUAUAGGAGAUGAGUUUUCCUGAAAAUCUUCUGCCUAUAAUCUUUGUAGUGAUAUCAUAAAUUACGAUCUAGUUUUUAAUUUAAACUUCAAUCCUACAAGCUCUUUAUCUGAGGUUGGCGGCCAAAAUUUUGGAGAACGCAUGCACUUCUCUGUACAAGAUACUGGAAUAACAUUUGUCACUGCUAUGCAAGUGAUAUGCAAUCCUUUUUUAUUACAAUAAAAUUAUAUUAUGAGAUAAGAUUACGAAUAUGUCGAUACUACUGUCAUACACUCCUAAGAUCCUUCCUGUCGAUUUAGUUCAAUAUACAAUAUUUUUUUUACCCUCUCUGAAAGAGUUAUGGAUAUGGCUCUCCUGUCCUGCAAGCCUUUUCCCACUGUACUCUAGGACAAUUGGAAGUAAGAUGGGGCACUUACUCUUCAUGAGUUGUUUUUUAAUUUACUCUUACUGCCGUAACACAGUGAUGGCGUUCCCCUUCCACAACAAGGACCUAGAUUAUCUUGAUUAUCUUUAACACUUCACACAACUUAGCAUCACCCAUCAGUACUUCGUCCAUCCCCUGAGGCCACUGUAUGCCAUGUGGUCCUGUGAUCUUCCACAUUACUGAAUUAAAUACUAGUUGUUAUCAAUCUUUCGCUUCCCAUUUCCUUGGAAAUUUCAUUCCGCCAUAACAGAUCCCAGUCUCAAACUCAAUUUCUAGUUUAUUUUUGUAUUUCUCAUUCUCUACACUCGACUGUACAUCCUAUUUGCCUUGCAUAUUGAUCUCAGGCUUAUUUUAUGUCACUUCUAACAAGUUUCUCCCUCUUGCAUCCAGAGCCCUUGUUUCAUACAGUAACAUUUGUUCAGUGAUUCUCCUAUACACCCCUAUCUUGAAACAGUUCUCUCUCUACAUUUUUCAAUACUCUGUUAAACAGUUCAUUCUACUGUGAUUCAAUUGGUCAAUCGUUGGUACACUUGUUUAUAUAUCCACUCCCAGACAUCUGAAACACCUUCCUUAAUAAUAGUAAUAAUAAUAGUAAUAAUUGGUGCUAAUGCAGUGUGACCAAAAGUAGGUAAAACCAUGAGAUGCUUAUUUCCAGUAGAGUCCUUUGGUUUAAAUAGCAACAGUUAUUAAUGUUCUUUGGUGGUCACCCGUCCAAGUAGUUAAUAACCAGACCUAAUUGUUGCUCAACUCCGCUGAUUGGACGAAAAGCAGUAUUUUCAACGAAAUAUUAUGUCAGUUUCCUUUCUCUCCAUAUUUUCAUCAUUUUUGUCACUCAACAUUCUCAAAGUUCACACACUUCAAACCAAAUGCAUUAACAUUUGUAUCUUUCCAUACUAUUAGACAAUCAUAACAAUGUUACACAGGGAACCUGUUUCUUUUACCCCGAAAUACUCUUAACACAUGCUUCACACUCUCUUAAUACACACUUUUAGCACAUAACAGUAUCUUGUGCAUAUCAGUGCAUUCAACAGUGCUCUCGUGAUGAUUAUCUCAUUUUUUUCUCACAUCCAUGAAAUACUGUGCCACAAAUACCUCUUCAAAACAACAUGCAAACAUGUGGUUCACACAGUCUCUUCUGGACACACACUGCUCCUGCCUUAAUACUGUGUUACUGCCGAAACUCACUUCUAGACGUUUCCACUCGUUAACAGUAGUGGCAUAUAAGUAUUCAAAACUAGGAGCACUUCGGAACUCAGAGAUAUGAUGAUAACUACAGACUCACAUAUCCUUAUGCUAAAUUUAAAGCCAAUGUCCAGAAAUAUGAACAAUAAGGAACAUGAAAUAUUUGCUGUUACCUGUACUAGUUCAUAUAAUAUUGUUUACAAGUGAUGAAGAGUCACUAAACGAUUUCUUAGCCAAUAAGAACCAUAUUCAAUUUUGUUAAGUUGUAUCAAAUUACACUCAGACAUUUUAUUUCUAAGUGAUAUAGAUGGAUAUGUUAGAAGUAAUACAAGCUGAUGUAAAUUUAACUUCAUAGUUCCCUGCCAAGAGUAAUCAUGUCGGGUGAAGACAUUAUAACAUCGUACCUGAUCCUCUGUGAUUGCUGCGCGUAUGUUAAAUGGAUCCCUCAGUAACAAUGUUCAUACUGUUGAAACACGUUGUUAACUAAUUAUAUCACUUGACAUUAAAACGUUUUCUCUCUA